AUGGCGCCUCCUGUUCCCCAGGUUCCAAAAAAACCUAUUGGAAGGUAUCGACCUAGACAAGAUGAUCUAGAGGAAAGUGCAAGUGAUUCUUCUUCAAGUGAAUAUGAAGAAGAACCUCUUUCUCCUCCUGCAGCUUCGGCUCCUCCUGCUGAAUCUGUCCCAAAUAACAAGUCUAAAGAUGUCCAACCAUCAUUAGCACAAGCUGUGAGAGUACCACCGAAACCGCAAAUUCCUUCUAGUUUUGAAAGGUCCAAUUUAGAUAACGAGUCUGCAUCAGAAUAUGAAACGGAUGAAGAAGAAUCAGCGACAAUGCCCAACCAUGAUGACGCAGAAGAAGAAAGCGAAUCGGAAACUAGCUCUGGAUCUGAAGAUUCUGACGAAGAUGAAAUGGACCGUAGGAGACAACUUUUGCUUACUGCACCGAAGUUUGUCGGUAAAGGCACGAAAAGUCAAACGAAAGCCGACAAUUCCUCAGAGAAUAUAGAAAAGGAUCGCAAGCAACUAUCUCAAAAGAUUCUAGAAGAGACAAUACAGAAAGAAAUGAAACAAAGGGAAAUGGAAAAAACGAACGAAUUGUUAAAAGAUGUCGACGAUACAGAUGGGUUAGACCCACAAAGCGAAUACGAAGCUUGGCAAGUAAGAAGUUUACGAAGGAAGAAGCGUGAUAAGGAAAAUCUUUUGGCUCUUGAAAAAGAAAGAAUGUCGAUAGAGGAAAGACGCUUAAUGGAUCCCGAAGAAAGAGAAAAAUUGGAUAGACAAGAAGCUGAAGAAAGCCGCCAAGGAAAGAAAAAGAAACCAGUUCAGUUUCUACAAAAGUUUUACCACAGAGGUGCAUUUUAUCAAGACCAAGACAUUGUUCGAAAUCGAGACUACUCUGAAGCAGCCGAAGGUGAAAUCCAGCACAAAGAAACUUUACCCAAAGCCAUGCAAGUUCGUGGAAAUACGUUUGGUAUGGCUGGACAAACAAGAUGGACUCACUUGGCAAACGAAGAUACCAGUAAAACUGGAUCUGCUUGGAGUAACCCAAAGAAUCCCCUGGUUCACAAAACUUUACAACGCUUAGGUGGCCUACAUUCCGACGAGUUACCCAAAAAGAGGAAGAAGUACUAG